AUGGAAGCGGAUCCUCAAGUCCGGAUCAUCCUUGGAAGACCUUUCCUUAACACAGCAAGCGCUAUAGUUAACAUGCAAAAUUCAAAACUUACUCUACGGGUGGGGGAUGAUUCAGUCACUUUCGGGGUUGAUAAAGCCAUGAAGUAUGCAAGGCAUAGUGAUGACACAACAUUUUCAAUUGAUAUGUUGGAUGAAUUGAUGGAGGAAUGGCAUAAUGAAGAUGCAAACAAGUCCACCAUCACCUUUAUUGAAGAACUUGAUGUUGAAAAAGACCUACUUAAAAUAGAGAGACUGCUGGAAGAAGCUGAUUAUGAUGAGUUAAUGAAGACCAUUGAGCAUCCUACUCGCCGAGUAGACUCGACCUACUCGCCGAGUUCAUUUGAAGAAUCCCGAGGAAUGGCGAAUUCUGCACAGGACUCGACGAGUCCCUUAAUUGUACUCGACGUGUUCAGCAUGCAGAACGCAAAAACUGAGCUGAAGGCACUACUAGAUCACUUGGAGUAUGCAUUCCUUAAUGAUGGUCAACAAGAACCUAUUAUAAUAGCUUUUGACCUCUCCAAAUCUGAAGAAGAAGAAUUAGUUCAAUUCUUGAAGAAGAGGAAGAGUGCCAUUGCAUGGAGCAUCACCGAUAUGAAGGGAAUAAGCCCCGCUUAUUGCUCUCACAAGAUCAACCCGGAAGAGGAAGCAAGGCCGGUAGUGCAACACCAAAGAAGAUUGAACCCGAACAUGCAUGAAGUGGUCAAGAAGGUAGUAGUCAAGCUUUUAGAUGUGGGGAUCAUUUAUUCUAUUUCUGAUAGUCCAUGGGUUAGUCCUGUUCAAGUAGUACCCAAGAAAGGAGGGAUGACGGUCAUAAAAAAUGAGAAGAACGAGAUUAUUUCGACCCGAAUGGUAACCGGAGCUGUCCUUGGUCAAAGGGUUGAUAAGCACUUUCGACCCAUUUAUUAUGCAAGUAAGACUUUGAAUGCGGCCCAAGAAAAUUACACCACAACUGAAAAAGAAUUACUAGCAGUGGUGUAUGCUAUUGACAAAUUCCGCCCUUAUCUUGUUUUAUCUAAAACCACUGUUUUUACUGACCACUCUGCUAUUAAGUACUUGUUUACCAAGCAGGAUGCAAAGUCAAGAUUGAUACGUUGGGUUCUACUUCUACAAGAAUUUGAUAUCGAGAUACGCGAUAAGAAGGGAAUGGAGAAUGUAGCAGCCGACCACUUAUCAAGGCUAGAAUACCCUUAUUUGGAAUCAUUGGAAGAAGAUAAAAUUGGAGAUGAUUUUCUGGACGAGUACAUUUUGGUGACCACAGGGGAAGAGCCAUGGUUUGUAGAUAUAGCUAAUUAUUUAGCUACCAACUGUGCGGAUGGGAUCAUAAGGAGAUGUGUACUCGGGAAUGAAAGCCAAGAAAUUUUGGAGCAUUGCCAUAGCGGGUCCACCGGUAGACAUCAUGGAGCACAUUACACGUUAAAGAAGAUAUUUGAUAUUGGGUUUUAUUUGCCCACAAUUUUUAAAGAUGUACCCAAUAUGUCAAAGAAAAUCAUGUCCAGAAGAGGCCAGAGUUCAAGAGGAGGAGGUCAAGGAGACAUUCCAUGGCUUACUUUUCCAAAAAUUACUUCAAAAUCUUCGCAAGCUAGGAUGAAGAACAGGUUGGAGGUCUUGAAACAGAAAGAGAUUCAUCUACCCAAUGCAAUUAAUUGGGAUUGGUUGGGUAAAACUAGGUUGGAAGAGGAAUUGACACCUUAA